CGGAGCCUUGUCUCAACGGAGCCUAAAUCCGUGCCCUCACCUCAGGCGGCAUGCGACACACUCUCUACAGUAGAGGCGUCCAAGAUUUACGUGAACGACCUUUGCAAGUAACAGGAUUUGAAAUCCUACGGACUUCGGACUACAGUAUGUGGCCGCAACUAGGCAGCAGCAUUUCAACGACUCGCUAAGUGUCGCAACAUGGCCACGACUUAUUGUAGCCAAUCUUUAAGUCGAAUCAGCCCCGGCACCGUCGAGGAGUUUAUACCACAGGUAUAUAUACCUGAUGGGAGCUCGUUGUUUAUGUCUCGUCCCAAACAUCCAGUUCAUCAUCCGUUGAUAUCAAUAAAGUUACAAAUCCUACUAAAAGCAUUGUACCACGGUCUCAAACCGAACCACGCCCAUAGGAAUUGGGAACAAAGCCGGCAUCCUCCCACAGCGCAACAGCAUCUUUAAUAUGCGUGUCCUUGUUAUUGGUGGUAAUGGACAGACUGGUCGUCUCGUCAUCGAUGAAGCAUUGCAGCGCGGCCACAAGGUUACAGCCUUGAUUCGGAAUCCCUCUACACUUCCAGCCAAGGAAGGCCUGAACAUCAUGAAGGGCACACCAGUGGAACCUUCGAACAUUGAAAGCGCUUUCAACGCAGUCCAAGGCGACCCCCCAACUGCCGUGAUCGUCACGCUUUCAUCGCCAACAGAAAAGGGGACUCGAGUCAUGUCUGACGCGCACGAAAACCUCAUCGCUGCUAUGAAAAGGCAUGGCAUUUCCAAAAUUGCGACAAUGUCUUCAUUUGGAGUGGGGUCUUCUUUCGCGAAUAUCACUGUGAUUAUGAGAUGGGCAAUUUCCAACACCGGGCUUAAGCAUUCGUUCGCAGACCAUAGUCAUGUCGAGGAGAUACUCAAGAAGAGUGGAUUGAAAUACGUGUUGUUGAAGCCAGCGAGGUUAACUAUGGCAAAAAAGGCGCCCGUUCAGUUCCUUGGUGAUGAUGGGAAGGGACUCGGUGUUUUCGCGGGCUUGGGGGGGAUCUCAAGGGCUAGUGUGGCGGCGUGUCUAGUGGAUGCUGUUGAGAAGAGCACUUGGGAUCGAAGCACUUUUGUGAUAUCAAACUAAUAGGGUGUCAGGGUACAGGUCUCAGCGAUCUCAAAAUCGUGGCGGUGGUGAGGGGUUUUGACAGGCAUCGUAGGGCAGGUUUAGGCCCAGGAUAGCGGGAAUAUAGCUUUAGCUGAAUCAGUCGUAGAGUAUUGUAACUGAUCG